AUGUCAGAUGAGGAGUACUGCUGCGCAAAGGAUAAAAUAGCUGAAUUAAACAACACAAUUGUAACAAAUUUAAAAACUACUGAUGAUACAACCUACAUACGAUGGGGUCGGACGGUAUGUUCCAAAACAGAAUUUCUAGUGUACGAUGGAUACGCCGCUGGAUCUCACUAUACAGAUAAGGGAACCGCCAGUAAUAUAUUGUGUCUACCGAAGGAUCCAAAUUAUGACCAGAUUACGAACGGAUAUCAACCUGGUGGUAGUAUUUAUGGAGCGGAAUAUGAAACAAGCAAUCGCGGUCAUUGGAGUCACCUUCAAGACCUUGAAGUUCCAUGUGCAGUUUGUCGAACACCGCGUCACAAUGUCAUCAUGGUGCCUGGCAAGAAUGAAUGCCACAUGAAUAACAUGCUGGAAUAUAAAGAGUACCUGAUGUCCGAAUAUUAUGGUCACGAAGGAUCUUCCGAAUUUGUGUGUGUUGAUGACCAGCCAGAGGGAUAA